AUGGACAUUCUGAAUCGCUUCUCUUCGUGGUUUAAGCUAAAACAUGCAGUAGCUUUAGGGACAAAGUACGUCAAUAUACUACAAAUCAGAGUAUCCCAGAAAAGAGCAGGUCAAGAGCCAAAUGUCCGCGGGAAAAGUUUGUCUAUGUCGGUACUCGUUGAAGACUUACAACAAGCAGAACAUAGAAUCAUAAAGAAUGUUCAACAGCAUUAUUUCCAUGAGGAAGUGACCGUCUUACAGAACCUAAAGGACGGACAGUUCAAAAACUAUGCAGAAACCAAAACAAGGAACCAGAAGCUAAAACACAUCAGUUCACUGCACCGCCUCGACCCGUUCGUAGACCAGCACGGAAUUGUUCGAGUCGGUGGACGAAUUAAACAUGCAGAUGUCACAUUUCAACAGAAACAUCCAGUUGUUCUACCAAAGAAUAGUUACAUCACCACGCUGGUUAUAUGA